CCCGCACCAGCCUCUCCGCCGGCAGCUCCGCACCGCCUCCCGGUACAGAGAGCAGGGGCCGCCAGGACCUCUCCUCCCCGCAGGGAUGCCGCGGGCACAUGAAACUCAUCCAAAUGCUUUGGCUCCUUAUUCCUGCCUGCUGACCACACCAGCGUGGCCAUGACUCAACCAGCUUCCAGGACUGAGGGGCAGAGGUGUUGAAAGACCUUUCACAGGGUGAGGCCAACGACACCACUGAUGGAGAGCGUGUACUCAGUGGAGCCCGCACCUGAGGGUGCCAGCCCCACCUCGCUGGAUGUGCUCAGCUUCCUGGAUACGCUGGUGAACAGCACAGAGGAGCAAUGCUUCAGUGCCCGCUCCCGCAGCACCGUCCUGGAAGGGCUGCCCUUUGGUGGUGUGCCCACCGUGCUCGCCAUCAACUUCAUCCUCUGGCUGCUUCUCCUCCUGAUCUUCUCCUGCCUUCGGAAAGCAGCUUGGGACUAUGGGCGCCUGGCUCUGCUGAUGGACAAUGAUAGUCUGACAUCACUUUUCUAUGGAGAGCAGAGUGAGAAGGAAAAGUCCCCAUCAGAGAGCAGCCCCCUGGACACCGACAACAAAGACAUGGGAUUCUGCUCCUGGCUCCUUUCUAUCUACCAGAUGAAGGACGAGGAGAUUCAGAGCAAGUGUGGGAUCGAUGCCACCACCUACCUGUCCUUCCAGCGGCACCUCCUGGUCCUGCUGAUGCUGGUCUGCGUGCUCUCUGUGGCUGUCAUCCUGCCUGUCAACUUCUCAGGGGACCUCCUGGGACACAAUCCCACCCACUUCGGCCGGACAACCAUCGCCAACAUCCCGACGCAGGACCGUCUCCUGUGGCUGCACAGCAUCUUUGCCCUCAUCUAUUUCAUCCUCACAAUCCUCUGCAUGGCCCACCACUCUGUGCAUCUUGAAUACAGAGAGAAUGAGAAGGUCGCCCGGACGCUGAUGGUUACCCACAUCCCCAAGGAGAUCACGGACCCUUCCCUUAUCAUCAAGCAUUUCCAUGAGGCUUAUCCCAGCUGCACCGUCACCAAUGUCCAGUUCUGCUUUGAUGUGCGCAAGCUGAUGAAGCUGGAUGCAGAGAGGCGCAAGGCAAUGAAGGGACGGCUUUACUUCACCACCAAGGCACAGAAAGAGGGGAAGAUCAUGAUCAAAACCCACCCAUGUGCCCGCAUCUUCUGCUGCCACUUCUGUGGCUUUGAGCAGGUGGAUGCUGAGCAGUACUAUGGGGAGCUGGAGGAGAAGCUCACAGAUGAGUUCAAUGCUGAGCGCAACCGCAUCACACUCAAGCGCCUUGACAUGGCAUUUGUCACCUUCCAGGACGAGCGGAUGACGGCUGUGAUUUUGAAGGACUACAGCCACACUCGCUGCCGCAAGCACCCCCAGCAGUCCUCUGUCACCACCGUGGUCAAGUCACAUCACUGGGGCAUUUGCUAUGCCCCUGCACCCAGCGAUAUCAUCUGGGAGAAUUUAUCAGUCCGUGGCACAUCCUGGUGGGUGCGAUUCAUCCUCCUUAAUAUCUGCCUCUUCGUCCUUCUCUUCUUCCUCACCACGCCAGCCAUCAUUGUCAACACUAUGGACAUGUUCAAUGUCACACACCCUGUGGAAAGCCUCAAGAACCCCAUCAUCACCCAGUUCUUCCCCACACUGCUGCUCUGGGCCUUCUCUGUCUUCUUGCCCUUCCUCGUCUACUACUCGGCAUUCUUUGAGUCACACUGGACAAGGUCAAGUGAAAAUCAGCUCACCAUGCACAAGUGCUUCUUCUUCUUGGUGUUCAUGGUCAUCAUCCUGCCCUCGCUGGGGCUGAGCAGCCUGGACCUUUUUUUCCGCUGGCUCUUCGACACCCACUUUCUGGACCAGGCUGAUGUCAAGUUCCAGUGCGUGUUCCUCCCGGACAACGGCGCUUUCUUUGUCAACUACGUGGUCACCUCCAGCCUGAUCGGGACAGCCAUGGAGCUGCUGCGCAUCCCAGGCCUCCUUGUCUACACCGCCCGCCUCUGCUUCGCCAAGUCUGAGCCCGAGCGGCUCCACAUCAAGCGGAGCCAAGCCUAUCAGUUCCAGUUUGGACUGGAGUAUGCCUGGACCUGCUGCAUCUUCUCCGUUGUCAUGACCUACAGCAUCACCUGCCCCAUCAUUGUCCCCUUUGGGUUGCUCUACAUGCUGCUCAAGCACAUGGUUGAUCGGUACAACAUCUACUAUGUGUACAUCCCCACCAAGCUGAACCAGCGCCUCCACGUCGCCGCCAUCAGCCAGGUCGUGGUGGCCCCCAUCCUCUGCAUGUUCUGGCUGCUCUUCUUCUCCGUCCUGCGCCUUGGUCCUACCCGCCCUGUCACCCUCUUCACCUUUGUGGUCCUCCUCUGCUGCAUUGUCUUCUCCUUCUUUGGUCUCUGCCUGAAGAAGCUGCAGCCACGGAAACCCUCCAGCUACCAGCUGUCUGACCAGUCUGAGGGCGCCUUCAAUGAUGUGGAGCGGAGCAGCGUUUCCUCCACCCCCAACUCCAAUCUCUUUGUGGCCACGGUCCUGCAGGAGCCUGAGCUGAGCCUGACACCAGCGGCCUCCCCGGCACACCAGUCCUACGGCACCAUGGGGAACCACCUGGAGCCAGCAGAGGAUGGGGAGGACGAGGCACUGCAGAGCUUCGAGACAGAGCUGGAGACAGUGGAGGGCGAGUACAGGAGUGGCCCUGUGAUGGAGAGCCAGGCCCGCUACCAAUGAGCAUCCCCACUGGCGGGGCGAGGACCAGCCGUACCCAGAGCAGAGGAGAAGAGCGGAAGACGUGCCGGGGGCAGGAAGGCAGGGGCCUUCCCAUCACUGGUGGGGUCCACCUCAGUGAUGGGGUGGGGGGACAACAGGGCUGAUGUGAGGGGGAGACCCCAUUGUAUGGGAGGUGGUGGGAAGCUCUGACAGUCCCUCCAGCUGCCUGGACUGGCUCAGUCCCUGCCCCUUGCUCCCCUGUCCCCACCUGCCUCUUUCAGCCCAUCGUGGAGAAGAUGUGGUGCAGUGGUAUGGGGAGAAGUUGUUUCUGAGACGCUGUGCUUUUGGGGGCAGGAAGGAGGCCCUGGGCCCUCCAUGAGAAGGAAGCAGCCCAGACAGCUGAGAUGAAUGUGCCUGCUACCACUCUAUUCUGAAGGUCCCCGGUGGCAGGGGACAGCCACCCCUAACCCUUGCUUCACACCCUGCCUACCUGUUGCUCAUGGUGGC